AUGGAAUCUCCAGGAUCGUCGUCAUCCGAUGCUUCAGCUCGCCCCUCUCCAGAAGCACCGAAAGCUCCACCGGUUCUUCUGGAUUCUGAAAUCCAGGGAUCUUUGAAUCGUGAAAAUGGGAACCGUCGUGAAAAUGAGGAAAACCUUCCCGUCACUCCUCAAGUACCAACGACUACUCCAAAUCCUGUCGCUCAGAACGUAAUUUUCAUCGAGGAUCCUCUCCGCCGGGACACUUCCACAUCUGGAGAUGCUCCAGCCGUGAAUGAUCCACGAGAACCCAGAUCGUUGAGAGCCGUGUCACCACCAAAUGAUGCCGCUUCCUCAUCAUCAACAAGUUUAGAAAAUGCGGAACCAGAAACGGCACCAGAAACGAUGGAUGCUCCAGAACCGAUGGAUACUCCAGAAGCAGCAGCUUAUGAACCAGAGGAGGCUCUAGCUCCAGUAGACGUAGCUACACCUGCUCCGCCAACAAGAAGACGUCUUCGAUCUGCUGGAAAUGGACGAGCAGCAGCUCUCGAUCUCACGGAGCCAGUCCAGGUUGUUGUUCCAGUGAUUGUUGCACCUGCUUCACGGACCAGAAUGCACUGUCAAGUCGCCAAGAAGACAACAGGAGCCAUAGUAGCUAGAGACCAGAACGCACGAUCUGGAAACUCUAUCACGUCGCCAAUAACCGAUCGUCACACCUGUCACACCCGUCCGACUGCCAGAAGUGCACCUGCUCCUCCAACUAUCCGCAAUGCUCCUGUUGCCCCACCAGCCGGAAGGAGGAAUAGAAAAGCCCAACGUCAGGAACAAGCAGCGUAUGCACGUAGUUGCAAACGAGAGAAUAAUGAAGCUCUAGCUGCCACCAAUGUGGAUUCAGCUCCUGCGCCUCCCGGAGCUCCUACUGCUUCAGUAGUCGUCAAUCUUCCGACUACUCGACGAAGACGUGCGAGUCAGGCGUGUUCCCUUGUGGCUACAGUUUCGACGCGUCGUCCUGCUCCGAGCUCGUUUCCCGCACCUCCUCCAACUUCCCGUCCAGCUGCUCCUCGACGAUCGGCUCCAGGACCAUCUGUACCUCCUGCAGCCUGUGCUCCACCAAGAGCCCGACAAAUUUCUAUGGGCGAUCAGGAUGCGAUUGCACUCAUCGGACAAUCAAUGCAUCCCACACGAGCAGCUGUCAAACAGCUAAGGGGCAAAACGACAAAUGGAGUUUCUGAUGCACCGGCCGUCAAGAAGCCAAGAAAGACUGCUGGACUACAACAAGUAAAAAGAGGCAGAGGUGACAACAAAUAA